AUGAACCGGGCGUGCAUCAAGCUCCACAAUGAAGUUUUUGGCGGAUGCUGCUUUACCAACAUUUGCAACAUGGUGACCCACACAAAGGUGUUCAAGAAAAAAGAGGAUCACUGGGCCCCUGCAAACCUCAAAUUGGCUCAGAAAGCAUGGUGCGCAACCCACAAAAAGAUGUGCGAGAUCUCCUUCACGAAAGACGAUGUGCCUCUGGUGGGGGCUCCGUGCAUCUUGUUUUCCCAGUAUGGUCUUGGGGAAGGUUUCCAAAACGAGGUGAAGAGCCGAUGCCAGAAAGCCUCAAUCAAAUUUCAGCAGAAGGCACUGGUUUCUUUGCACGAGAAUGUUCCCGCCUAUGAUGAGGCUGGACCCCAAGAUGUUCGGGCACCCCAACAAUCGGUUGAGUGUGACCGGAAGAGACGCCUGAUGUCUGGAGAGGAGCAACUGGCAGCAUUGGGCUAUCCAUGCCUGCAGGAGUUGGCUUCUGCGGCCAAA